AUAUGGGAGCCACGACAAUUACCCUGCACGCACUUUCCACAGGUCACUUCACUUUGCCUGAAUAUCAAUUCGUGGCUCCAGUAGCCGAGACCGCGCGUAAGACUGUUCCAUCGCUUGCAUUUCUGAUCCAGCAUUGCGAUCGGGCGACAGGACAUCUGACUCGAAUCGUCUUCGAUUUGGGGCUGAGAAGAGACACCCAAAGAUAUCCUGCACCUAUUCAGAAACACAUAACAACAAGACAGCCUCUGACGACCGAACCAGAUGUUGUCAGCAGUCUAGCAAAAGGAGGCCUAUCACCGAAGGAUAUUGAUUAUAUCAUCUACUCACACCCAUGCGACUUUCCAACUUCAGAAUUCAUAGUCGGACACGGUGCGCUCGCUCUACUCAAUGGUACAACAGCAAAAUCUCGUGGUGGUCAUUCGUUCUUUGAGCAUGAUCUGCUGCCAGAAGGUCGGAGCGUUGAGCUUCCCGAUCCUGAUGGUGAUCCACAGGAUUGGCGAAAGCAACAGUCAGCAAAAAUGGAAGGCCUUGAUUUGACGCAAGGAUGGCAGCCUUAUAGAAGUAUGCCGAAGACAUACGACCUGUUUGGUGACGGAAGUCUGCUAGUUGUGGACUCACCAGGUCAUUUACCAGGUCACAUCAAUCUGUUGGCCAAAACAGGUGAAAACCAACUUGUCUAUCUUGCAGGAGAUGCUUUUCAUGAUCGCAGACUCUUGACUGGAGAGAAAGGCAUCGGAACGUGGCAUGACGCCGAAGGACAUGUCUGCUGUAUUCAUACCGACAAGGAAGCAGCAACCGCAACUAUCAAGCGAAUCAGAGAGCUCGAGGCUGAGGGCGUAGAAGUAGUCGCUGCUCACGAUCCGGACUGGGAGAGAGUGAACAGCCAUCGAUUUCUGGGUGUCAAG